AUGGUUUUGAGCGAAGUGACGGGAUCAGGGAAGGUGGCGGAGUCUUCCUUAGAAGCCAAGGGUUCGGCUUCCAUCGAGGAUUCUAGCCGAAUUGGCGGUGCUGCGGCGGUAGAAUCUGGCACAACAGCGGCCGUCGGUGCGGGGCAAGCGGGUGCAGCGCAAUCGGCGGGGUCGUCAACUGAAGCUGGCGCCCCCGAGACUGGGCGUCAAGAGGCGGCGCUUGGGCCGAGCGCCGCAGGGGAGCCGGGGAAGAUUGCGGGAACCGUAGAGGAAGGAAGAGAGGAGCGCCCCGCAGCGGGCGCAACGGCGACGGUAGAUGCUGCUGCAGCGAAACCCAGUCAAGCGGGGUCGUUCCUCGACGAUGAUGACGUGGACUCCGCGCGUCCAGUGCGCGUGAUCCCCCCCGGGCUAGACGCGUACAAGCGGGAGUAUUUCAACAAGCAGAGGGCCGCGGAAGGAAACGAACCCCCCGCGGGGGUGAUCCCCGCGGGAGUGCCCAUCCCCCCUUCAGGAGUAGCGUACGCUGGCGCAGUGCCAGGCGCAGCCGGCGGAGCAGCUGGCGGAGCUUCCGCCAGUGUACCCGCGGAUGCGGUCGCCCUCGCGGGGGGCGCGGUCCCUGCGCCUGGCGCUGGUUUCCCGCCCAUGGGAGGAGGGCAGAUAGUAGGCGGUGCAAUGGGAGGGGCGCAGAUUGGGGAAGCGGUUGAUAUAGGGGGAAUUGGCGGAGGAAUGGGGGGGACGGGCACGGAUAAGAGCCGGUACAACUAUGCCUCCGCGAAUCACGGCGCCAAGAUAGUGGACUGUAGCAGCGAGGCGAAACGACCGCAGGCCGUUUUAGACGAAGAUAAGGACAAGUACUUACGCAUCCCGUGUAGUGUAGCAAACAAAUUCCUCGUUAUAGAGCUCUCCGAGUUCCUAGCGCGGAUAGAAACGAUAGUCCUCGCGAAUUACGAGUUCUACGCGUCUUCUACUAAAGACUUCGAAGUCUGGGCGAGCAGAAAUUACCCCUCGGACCGCUGGCACUUUCUGGGAAACUUCUCAGCGCAGAGCGUGCGAACGCCCCAGGCGUUCGAGGUGACGGGCAGCGGAGAUCUCGGGGAUUCAGUGCGGUACGUAAUGGUGCGGCAGCUGUCGCACCACGGGGCGGAAUUCUUCUGCACGCUGAGUCUGGUGCGAGUGCACGGGGUGAACGAGCUGGACGGGCUCAGGGAGGAGAUGGAAGCGAUGACGAGGAUGAUGGGGGCGGGUAGACAGGCUGUGCCUGCUGCUCCUCCGGGCAGACCGGGUGUUGCUGCUGCUGCUGCUGCUGCUGCUGCUCCAACGCUGCCGGUGGGUUCUCAGGCGGUUAUUGCUCCAGUUGUUACCACUCCUCAAGUAGUUACUAUUCCUCAAGUGGUUACCACUCCUGAAAUGGCUACCACUCCUCCAGCAUUUUCCACUCCACAAGUGGUAACCAUUUCCCAAGUGGCGACAGUGGGGUCUGUGGGCUUAGAUGGUUCAAUGGGUUCAGAGGGUUCCAGAGCGACAGCAGCUGCUUCAAGCAACACAGGGGCGAAUACGGAGGCUGGGAGCACAGGAGGUGGCGUGGAGGACAAUGGGAGUCCCCCACCUGCCCCUGGCGCCAUCCCGCAACCACCAGUUUCUGGCUCAGCCCCUAACUCAGCUCUUCCGGAGACUCCUUCCGGAAAGGCGGAGGAGGAAUUGGGUGGGAGCAGAAGAACGGGGGCAGAGAGAGGAGGGGUUGGGCACGGGGGUGGGGAGCAGCGUGAGGUGGAGGCUGGUGAGGGGCAUGGAAGGGUGCAGGAGCGGGGUUCUGAAAGGGAGGCUUGCACUGAGGGCAGCAGGGAGAGGAGCAGUGAAGUGAGCUGGGUGGAAGCCGAGGGGAGGGACGAGAUGGGGAGGGACGAGGAGAAGGUGUUGAUAAAGGCAGCGGAUGGCGACGGGAAAGCUGAAGCGGCUGGGGAGGAGGGGAGGGCGGAGGGAAGGCAUGGGGUGGGCAGGUUGGGAGAGCGAGAGAGUGAGAAGCUGGGUGAUAGAGGAGGUGGUGCAGAGAGACCAUGUGCAUCAGAAAAGGGAGCAGCAGCAAGUGCAGAUGCUGCUGCCGGGUCGUGUAGUGUUGGGGUAAGUGCUGCUCAUAUGGGAGGUGCCUCUGGUUCUGUUGUCCAGCCUACCGGUGCUGACGGUAGCGCUGAUGCAAGUGCUGAUGCGGGCGCCGAGGCAAAUGGUGUGGGAGGUGGUAUGGGCGGAGCAGAAAGUGUGGCAGUACUUGGUGGGGGAAAAGCAGGGGAGGCUGCGGAAGUAGCACCUGAUGGGGUUUCAGAGCUGGUGAGAAGUGAGGGCAAUGCUAAACAUGUGGCAGGGGAGAAGCAGGAGAAUGUGGGGGAUGUUGGAGGGGGAGUGAGGGAGGAAGUGGACGAGGGUAUGGAGGCUCGGGUUGGGGGAGGCGAGUUCAAAGCAUCUGUUGGGGAAGGCAGAGGCGCGCUUUUUAUUGGUUUGGUUAAGGGAGUAGAGAAGGCAGAGGCAGAGGCAGCAACACCGGUUCAUACAGGGGCAGAGGCAGGGGCAGAUGCAGCGGGAGAGUUUAAGGUGGAGACAGCGGAAGAGGCAGAUCCCAACAUUGCGUCUGCUGGAGGGAGCUCCCAACAAGGUGGAGGCAGCUCUGUUUCUGCUCCCAAAGAUGCUCCCAAAGAGCCACAAGGUCAAGCGGGCGAUGGUGAUGCGGUAGGCGCCAAGGCAGGUGCUGGAUCGGGGUCAACUAGUCGGUUUGGUGUCCCCCCCGCUGCUCCCUCCAUGCCAUCCUCUCCCACACCCUCACACCAGGGCUCUACCCCAGGGACUGGUUCAUCGCUGGGAGAAGGAGGCUUGGAUGAUAUGGAAAGUUCGGGAAAAAAGGCAGGUGCAGAUGGGGAGGCAGGGGCACGUGUUAGGGAUGCAGGAGAUGCUAGGAUGGAUGGGGAGGUUGGAGGGGAGGAGGAGCGAGUGAACAGCAUUGUUGUGGAGGCUGGAGGGGGGAGCAGACUGGUAGCUGCUCCUUCAGGUGGUUUGUCAGGUGGUUUAUCAGACAAGGAAGAGAGCAUCCAGGUGAAACCAGCAGUGACAGGUGUGGUGCAGGGGUCACCGUCGGCAGCAGCAGGUGGUCAGCAGAAAGGGUUAUCUGAUCCGGGCGGCAAUAAAAUCCAAGAAACUCGGGAAGCGAGAUCUACGGCAGUCAAUGAGAGUCGCACAGAAGAUAGCAGUGCAGCAGGCAACAGGAACAAAGUAACGAAUGGUGGAAAGCCCACUAACGAGGAUGGUACCUCGUUGCAACCAAACACCGCAGCCAGCAUUGCAGUAGGCAAUAACGGAGCCCUCAUUAGUGGAGCUCAGGUGGUCACGAGUACCAGCACCAGUACCACCCCCUUCAGCAUCAGCAGCAGCGGCAGCAGUUUCGCCGGCGCUGCCAGCAACCUGUACGGGCUCAAGUCGCUGAUGCACAUGGUGAGGCAGUGGGAGGACAAGCAGGCAGUGCUGGAGCAGUAUGUUGAGGACAUGGCUGCCUCGUAUGCGGCUAAUCUCGCUUCUACCGAUGCUGAGCUGCUGUCGCUGCGAACGCGAUUGCGGAAUGCAACGGUUGCCAUUGCAGGACUGCAGGCGCAGCUGCAGAAUGCGGAGCAUCGGCAUGAAAAAGAGCUGGAGGAAAUUCGUAAGGAUGUUUCGGCACAAGUUGAGAGCCUUCAACAGAGCAUCAUUAGUGCCAGAGGGGUCUCUUCAGAACUAUCAAGAAGAUUCGAAGAAGUGCUUUGGCUGGCUGUAUUAGUUGCCACAGUAGUGGGCGUCUUGGGCUUUGUCCUAGGCCCCUUGAAGUAUUCGCGCCAAAUCAGCUGGGCAUAUGCCAUCGCCAACGCUGUCACAGCGACACUCGCCCCGUCAAACCCGCGGAGCACUGUCAGUCGAACCGGCGACGAUAACUGCGACGGAGCGAAGAUACAAAACGCGAAGUACCCCAAAGACGAUAAGAGCAUUCCAUUAGGUCUCCGGACCGACUUCGGUUAUAAGCGCGACUUCGAGAAGCAUUAUAAGACCGGGAAGGAGCUGGGACACGGGCAAUUCGGGACGACUUAUGAGUCGAUACAACUAGCGACGGAUAAUCGCGUGGCGGUCAAGGCGAUUCAAAAGAAAUCGAUGAAGCAGCCAAUAGCGGUUGAGGACGUGGAGAGGGAGGUGAAGAUCCUGCAGCUGCUGUCGGGCCAUCCCAACGUGGUUCAGUUUAUCGACGUGUUUGAGGACACGGAGCUCGUGUACAUUGUCAUGGAGUUGUGUGAAGGAGGAGAACUGCUUGACAGGAUUUUGGGCAAGAAGGACAACCGGUAUUCUGAAAAGGACGCGGCGAGCGUGAUGAGGCAGAUGCUCAACGUGGUGGCGCGCUGCCACCUCAACGGUGUUGUGCACCGCGACCUCAAGCCCGAGAACUUUCUGUUCGCCAACAAGACGGAAGAAUCCCCUCUCAAGGCCACCGACUUUGGCCUCUCGGACUUCAGAAAGCCAGGCAAGCACUUCACGGACGUGGUGGGCAGCGCCUACUACGUGGCCCCCGAGGUGCUCAAGAGGCGGUCAGGGCCGGAGAGUGACGUGUGGAGCAUUGGCGUGAUCACCUAUAUCCUGCUAUCGGGCAGACGACCGUUCUGGGAUAAAACGGAGGCAGGAAUUUUCAAUGAGGUGCUGAAGAAGAAACCGGAUUUCAGGGAGAAGCCAUGGUCGCAGAUCUCAGCGAGCGCCAAGGACUUUGUCAAGAAGCUGCUCAAGAAGGACCCUCGCGCCCGCCCCACCGCUGCGCAAGCCCUGUCACACCCGUGGGUGAAGGAGGGCGGCAACGCGUCGUCUAUUCCGCUGGACAUAGCAGUGCUGUCCAACAUGCGCGAGUUCGUCAAGUACUCGCGGCUCAAGCAGAUGGCGCUCAAGGCACUAGCGACCACUCUGGAGAGUGCAGAGGUGCAGCAGCUGAGGGACCAGUUCAAUGCGAUGGACAUCAAUGGGGACGGCACCAUCACAAUCGAUGAGAUCCGACACGCACUCAACAAGGACCUACCGUACGAAGUGAAGGAGACCAAAGUGGUGCAGAUCUUGCAAGCUAUGGACACUAACUGCGACGGCAUUAUUGACUUUGACGAGUUCGUAGCGGCCACGCUGCACGUGCAGCAGCUGGAGGAGGCUGACUCGGCCAAGUGGGAGGAGCGGUCUCGGGCGGCGUUCAACCACUUUGACACGGAUGGAGAUGGCUACAUCGAUGCAGAGGAGCUGAGAGUGGCAGCGCAAGUGAAGGGGUCGCUGGGCCGAUUGAUAGAUGAGGGGGACGUGGAUGGGGACGGGCGAAUCAGCUUGCCCGACUUGUGCAUAUCCUCGUUCUCAUUGUUCGCGGGGAUGGAGGAGGACUGGGAGGAGGAGGAGGAGGAGGAGGUUGACGCAUCACAGGGAGACGCGUCGCAAGCGGAGGACGACAGGAUGUACAUUGGCAGUGUGCUCUUUAACAUCAAGGGUCUGCAGCAUUACCCGGGGACCGUGAACCCGCGAGAGAUGGUUCGGCUUAUUCGGGAGCCUGAUAACCCGCACGACCGCAAUGCUAUCCGCGUGGACAACAUCAGAGGGCAGCAGGUAGGCCACGUGGAGGCCAAAAUGGCGUGCCACCUGGCGCCACUUGUCGACGCGGGAUUGGUCGCAAUCGAAGGUCUGGUGACACGUGGAACGAGGAACAUUUACCAAAUGCCGUGCCACAUGUGCUUGUUCUGUUCCCCUGAAUCUGCUCCUGAGGUCGCAUCUCGCUUGCAGUCUGCUAGAAUACGACUGGUAGAAACCAACAGCCUCCCUGGUUCAGACAAUUUCGGGGAAGCUUCCCCCUCUGGUUCGUUACAGUCCUCCUCGUUACAGGCUGCUUCGGCUGCUGCGUCAGUGGCUGCUGCAUUGGCAGCGCGUAGAGCCGCGAUGAGCCAAGCAGAACAGGACAAGGCAGUCCUAUCCAUGUUCGAUGACCUGGCAUGCCAGGUGGAAGCAGAUCGGCCCACCGCGGACCCUCCCUGCCACGUCAUCAGGUCGUCCCUCCUGCCACAUCAGCAGCGGGCGCUGGCGUGGAUGAUCAAGAGGGAAAGCGCGAGGAAGCUUCCGCCGUUCUGGAAAGCGGGGGCCUUAGACUCAGGCAGCAGCAGCAAAGGGAAGAGAGGAGGGAGAGGAGGAGGAGGGAGGGGUGAAGGAGGGAGGGGGAGAGGGAGACAGGGCAGGGGAGAGCGGGGAAGAGGGAGAGGAGCACAGGGAGACGGUGGAGGGGGAGCGGGAGGGGUGGAGGGCGAUGAGGAGGAUGGAGAUGAUGGGGGGGAGGGCGGGGGGCGAGUGUUCACCAACAUCUUAACCAACUUCACGACAGAGGAGAGACCCAAGGCGCUGAGGGGAGGCAUUUUGGCCGACGACAUGGGUCUGGGGAAAACACUCUCCCUGCUCUCCCUUGUCGCCUCCACCACUGCUGCUGCUGCCACUGGUGAAACGCAAACACUUGGCAGUGGCACCACCUCCCCUGCUGUUGGUGCUGCUGGUGCUGGUAGUGGGGUGCAAGGGAAGCAGCACCAAGCAGAGCAGAGCAGGGCGACGCUAGUGGUGUGCCCUCUGUCCGUUCUCUCCAACUGGACGGCGCAGCUAGCAGAGCAUGUGGCACCAGGCGCGCUGAGCUACUAUGUGUACCACGGGGCAGACCGCGUGAGGGACCCGAGCUUCCUCUCUGGCUUUGACCUCGUGAAAUGGAGGCGGGUGAUUCUGGACGAAGCGCACGUGAUCAAAUCCGUGAAGUCACGGGCAGCGCGGGCGUCGACAGCGCUACAGGCGGAGAGGCGGUGGGCAGUGACAGGGACUCCAGUGCAGAACCAGCUGGGGGAUCUCUUCUCGCUGCUCUGCUUCCUGCGCCUUGAUCCUCUUAAUGACCGUUCAAUUUGGACCCGCGCGAUCGAGCGGCCAAUGAGGGAGCGCCAGCACAUCGGGCUGGACAGAUUGAGGGCACUGGUGCUCACGACGGCUCUACGGCGCACCAAGGACAUGCAGGUGAAUGGUCGGCCGCUGCUGUCCCUCCCUCCCAAGACCGUGCGAGUGCUGCCAGUCGACCUGCUGCCAGAGGAUCGGGAUCUCUACGACCAAGUGCAGGAGGAGGUGCGGCGCCUUGUGGGUGGCAUGAUGGCUCAGGGCACGUUGAUGAAGAACUAUGCUACAGUGCUGGAGAUGAUCCUACGGCUCAGACAGAUCGCGGACCACAAGGGCCUCUGUCCACCGCACGUUCUCGAGGCCAUUGCUGCAUCUGCUGCUGCUGCAGAAGAGGCAGACAGAAACCAGGGAGGAAAAGCUGCAGUUCCUUUGGACCCCCUUCUGAGUCAGAAGCUUCAGGAACUUCUGGCAGCAGGAGCAGCAGACGAAGACUGUCCCAUCUGCCUCUCGCCUCCUGUUCUUCCCGUCAUCACUCCCUGCUCCCACAUCUUCUGCCGCCGCUGCAUUCGCCGGGUUCUCUCCAUCCAGAAGCAUGCCUGUCCCAUGUGCAGAGCACCAGUAGAUGAGGCUCAUCUAGUGGAAGCUCCACCUGAUGCUGCAGAAGGAGAGGGAAGUGGCGUUAAUGGGGAUCAUGCCAAGGGGAGCUUGAGGGAAGGGGUUGAGGGGAAUACAAGUGCCAAGAUUGAUGCGCUUAUUGCUGCUCUUUGUGAGCCUCUCCAGGUGCCGCCAGGGUACCAACCUCCAGAGGGUGGAGGUUCUAGUGCAGGGCCUGGUGCAAUGGAAGAGCGAGGUGAGAGGCAGUAUCAGCAGCAGAGGGUGAAGAGUGUUGUGUUUUCUCAGUUCACUCGGAUGCUGGAUUUGGUGUAUGAGAGGUUGCAGGCUGCUGGAUUCAAGUGCUGUAGAUUGGAUGGACGCACCAAGCUAAGUGUGAGGGAAAAAGCUAUUCAAGAGUUCAACCGAGUGGAUGACGAUUCUCCUACAGUCUUCCUUGUGGGGCUCAGAGCAGCAGGUGUCGGUUUGAACCUAACAGCUGCCUCUCGUGUGUUUUUACUUGAACCUUGGUGGAAUCCUGCUGUGGAGCAACAAGCGAUGGACCGAGUCCAUCGCAUUGGACAGGAAAAUCCGGUGGAUGUCGUGAGAAUGGUUGCUGUUGACAGCAUAGAAGAACGAAUGCUGGUGCUUCAGGAGAGAAAAAGGGCAAUUGCACGUGCUGCCUUUGAACGUAGGUCUGCUGAAGAUCAACAAUUACUUCGGAUGGAUGAUGUGCGUCUGUUGAUGGACAUGUAA